GUAGCUUGAAUUGUGUCGCUGUUAUUAAGUUCUGGUGGACGUUUCACGCGGAACAUUGGCUUUUAUCUUUUGAUGUUCUGAUGAUAACAUAAUCAGUGCCACGGGAAGGAGGGCCAGGGGCUCUGAAAUAGAGCGCCACGUCAUUGAUUGGCGGAGGGGGGAGAAUUUUUUUGGUGGGUAGGAUUACUACUUCUCCGAUCUGCGUCGCUUUACACUCGGGAAACAACGCAAAGCUAACCCCACUUUGCCUUUGGAGCGAGAGAAGAACACGCAUCUUUCAACAUGACGGCAUCUAACUGGGGUCUGAUCAUGAACGUGGUCAACAGCAUCGUUGGAGUGAGCGUGUUGACCAUGCCCUUCUGCUUCAAGCAGUGUGGGAUAGUACUGGGCACCUUGCUCCUGGUGGUGUGUUCCUGGAUGACCCACAAGUCCUGCAUGUUCUUGGUGAACUCGGCCUGCAGCACCAAGCGGCGAACCUACGCUGGGCUGGCCUUCCACGCCUAUGGGAAGCCCUUCAAGGCGGUGGUGGAGACCAGCAUGAUAGGCCUGAUGUUGGGAACCUGCAUUGCCUUCUAUGUCGUCAUCGCUGACCUGGGCUCCAAUUUCUUUGCGCAGCUCUUGGGUUUACAGGUGACGGGCGGCUUCCGGGUGCUGUUGCUGAUCGCCGUGUCGCUGUUCAUCGUGCUGCCCCUCAGCCUGCAGAGGAACCUGAUGUCCUCCAUACAGUCCUUCUCCGCCAUGGCCCUCAUGUUCUACACCCUCUUCAUGUUCACGAUAGUGCUGUCGUCCCUGCGCUACGGCUUAGUUUCUGGCUCCUGGGUGGAGCACGUCCACCUGUGGAGGCUCAAGGGAGUCAUUCAGUGCCUGCCCAUUAUUGCCACCACCUUCUGCUGUCACCCGCAGGUGCUGCCCACCUACGACAGCCUGGACGAGCCGUCGGUCUCGCGCAUGAGCACCAUCUUCACGUCGUCCCUGAAGGUGGUCACCACCUUCUACAUCACCGUGGGCUUCUUCGGCUACGUGAGCUUCACGGAGAACAUCGCGGGCAACGUGCUGAUGAACUUCCCGUCCAACCCGGUGACGGGGAUGAUCCGCGUGGGCUUCAUGAUGUCCGUGGCGGUGGGCUUCCCCAUGAUGAUCCUGCCCUGCCGCCAGGCCAUCAACACCAUGCUGUUUGAGCAGCAGCAGAAGGACGGGACGUUCGCCUCGGGGGGCUACAUGCCCCCUCUGCGCUUCAAGGCCAUCACCCUGGCCAUCGUGUUCGGGACCAUGAUGGGGGGCAUCCUCAUCCCCAAUGUGGAGACCAUCCUGGGCUUGACGGGCGCCACCAUGGGCAGCAUGAUCUGCUUCAUUUGCCCCGCUCUGAUUUACAGGAAGAUCCAGAAGAACAGCCUCAUCGCUCAGCUGGUGUUGUGGGUGGGUCUGGGCAUCCUCAUCAUCAGCACCUUCACCACCUUGUCCAUCUCCAGCAGUAGCGUCACCCCCAGGGUCCAACCCCCGCCCCCUCCGGCUGCAGACAAGAACAGGGUGCUGCUCCCAGUCCUGCCCAAGCUCAACGGAGAGGGCGCCCUGGUGCAGAACCCCGCCGAGUCCCAGGCCGCGGUGAGGGACCUGGUCGAAGGGGUGCAGCGGGAGGGGGCCGACCCGCCCCAGAUCAAAGGGCCCGUGGAGCUGCCCGAGAGGAAGAGGAAGGAGGAGGAGGUGCAGCUGGACCGGCCCGAAGCGGGUGUGGCUGUGCCAGAGGGCGACGCCCACCGCCACGAGCCGCCCAUCCCCCACGACGAGGUGCAGGUGGACAACAGGAAGAACAAAGCCGAGAUGGAGGAGAACCAAAAGCUGCCGGUCGCUCCUCCUGCUGACGGAGGAGGAGGAGAAGGAGGAGGACAGGAAGGAGGGGCGGAGCCUCAGAAGGAGGGGGCGCCAGGCCAGGCUGCGGUGAAGGCGGACACGGGGGAUAAGGGGCAAGGCGGGGGAGCGGAGAAGCUGACUGAGGAGCAGCAGAACCCCGCUGUCGUGGUCGUGAAGAAGGAGGUGAAGGACAUGGGCGGGGCCGAGGUCCCGUCCAAUGAGGUGCUGGACGCGGGGAAGGGGGCGGAGCUUCCGUCGCUGGAGGAAAGAGACGCCCCGGCUCCCGGGAAGGACGCCCUGGCGGAGAAGGCCCCGGAGAAGGCGUCGGAGAAGGCGUCGGUGGAGGCGGGAAAAGCUCCUGACGCCAUUGUGAAACCUCCACCCGCGGACGGAGCGGAGCACCCGCCCGCCGCCAACGCCCCUCCAGCUGCCGACGGCAACGGGGGAGAGGACAAGAUGGAGGUGAUAAAAAAGCUGGUCGCAGAGGGCCAGAACGACCACGCUGUGCUGCUGCAGGUCAUCAAGGAGCAGCAGGAGACACAGAAACGCCUGCUUGACCAGCAGGCCAAGCUGCUGGCCGUCAUAGAGGAACAACACAAGGAGAUCCAUCAGAUUCUGCCUGCAGGCGUUGCAGCAGACGGAGAAGCUGACAAAAGCGUCCAGGCAAACGCCCAAGGGGACAUGGAGGCGGCAGCAGCCAAGCCAAAGGACUCAGCUCUGGCUGCGGGCCUCAAGCAGCCGGGGGGAGCUGGAGCUGGAGCUGCUGAUGGAGCACCACAGGCAGCGGGAGCGGCAGGGUCUGAGCUUCACCUUGUUCCCCAGAACCAAGCACAGGCUGGGGAUAAGAACGCCAAGCUCCAGCCAGCCGCUAACGCCGCCGUGGUUCCUGGGGUCCACAAGGCCGGGGGGGAGGCCCUCGUCGCCAAGGGGCCGGGGGUAGCGGCGGCGGCGGCGGUAGUAGCAGUAGUAGCACCAGCCGGCAACGAGGAGCGGGAGCUGGGCGCCAGGGGCGUGCCGCUGGGACAGAGGAGGCGAGGGGACGACGGGCCCGCGGCCAAGAACGACGGGGUCGCCCUGCCCGAGGAGGAGGGGCAGAUUGGGAAAGAGUUGGAGAAGGACAGCGUGGAGACCCUGGAGGUGGAGAAGGAGAGGAUCGAGAAGGAGGUGCAGGCACGGGUGGAGAAGGAGCGCUUGGAGAGGGAGAAGAGGGAGCGGCUGGCCAAAGAGGAGCUCGAGAGGGUCGAGCAGGAGAAGGAGAAGCUGGCCAAGGAGAAGGCCGCCAGAGAGACGGCCGAGAGAGAGCAGAAGGAGAGACGGGAGAAGAUGAGGAUAGAGCAGGAUCAGAUAGAGCAGGCGCGGAGGGAGGAGGAGAGCCUGCAGCAGGAGCUGCAGAAGAUGGACAGUGAAAUAAACGCACGGGCACUGGAAGAGGAAGAGGCGAAGCAGCAGCAGCAGCAGGCGAGGCAGGCCCAGCUGGAGGCGGCGCAGGAGCUCGAGGACAACGAGAUCGACGAGCCCGUCAAGAAGGGAGGGCGAGACCUCAAAGUGAGGCUGGAGGAGAGGGAAGACCGGGCCGUCGACGCCGCCGCCGCCGCCCCUCACUCCCAGGAGAAAGACACAGACCUGAGGAGGAGACGUCGGGAUGUGGACUCCCUGGGGCCCGGGCUGGAGCCUCUGCUGGAGCUAGGGGGGGCGGACCUGCACGCCGCCCUGGAGGGACAGCUACUGGGCGGGGCCCUGGUGCACAGCAGGGGGAUCAAACAGGCCGCCGAGGCCGAGAAAGAAAUAUGAAAGGCACAGAGUGCCGUGGGCCGGUGACAGCGUAUUGAACCACAUGCUGAACACAUUCCUCUGUGACUCGUCACUGCCUUCAGAGACUCAACAGAUGAUGGGUUGGUUCUGAUUUCCCCCCCCACCCAACCCCUAAGCGUUGUCUCUGUGGAGGUGGUUGUUCUUCUAAAAGAGACUCCUAGACCAGCAGGGAACUGUACAGAUUCUCAGACGGAGAGGAACCAAGCACCAUAGCCCCUGCCCAAUACGAUCGACAACCCUCCCAAGUACAUAGAUAAAUGUAUAUAACAAAGAUAUGGGUGUAAGUUUAAAGUGACUGCCGAAAAGCACCUACAGUCCCUUCCAUGUUCAGGGUACAAUGUUGAUGAAACACACACACACACACACACACAGACCAGAACAGGCUGUCAUUGUGAUACAUUUAUAGUCUUUAUGGCUACCAAAGAUGCCUAAGAGCUUAUUAAUUUGGAAUUGAGAAAGAUUACACAAUAUACUGUAAAGAGAAAUUAUAUUCAUUCCACAUUCUUUGCUUUGAUCAUGUAUAUCGUGCUAGUCCUAGUUCCAAAGUCUUUAUAAAAUUCCUAUUUUUAUGUAUAUAAUAACUUAUUUUGUACUUGAGUCAACAUUUUGUGUAGGAUAAGCUGUACAUCUAUGCAAAGUAAAUCCCUCAGAGGGUUUUUAAGAGCAUAACUAUCCAAUGAUUCACUUAUUGUUUGCUUUUUGUGAAGGCUUUUGUGUUUGCCAAAUCAGAUCUUUUGUGUUUAUGACCCUGUUUGAAAUGUAUAUAUUGCAAUUCUCAAAUGUGUAGAACUGAGCAUUUGUUCAUUAGAAAUCUAUUUAUGAUUCCUACACAGGCUGUUCUUUGUGUUCGGUAAUGUCUAUGUUGAAGUGUAUUAACGUUUAGGAUUUUGAGCGGAUAAACAAAAACGACCAUGCCUCAGACUAUUGCAUCACUUUUUCUUGUAAACCUAAUUGUUGGAAGUUUACAAACAAUAACAUUUCUCAAACGUUUACUUCAGUGCCUUAUGGUUAAUUAUGUGAACUGGCAACUGUCUCCAUCCCUUUACAGGACUGUUGCUAAUACAGUUAAAGGUAAUAUUUAAUAUUUUUCUGGAGAGAACUCUGCUUUGCCCUAAUGCUGUUUCAAUGAACAUGUUUCUGAUGACCUAUUUUUCAACAUUUUGUAUUCGCUGGGAAUAAAAUUCAAGGCAAAUUUCAUUGUUUUGUUUUACAAUGAAUGUUUAGAUGAUACAUAUAUCGAACUUUUGAUUUCCUGAUAUAUACACUCUAUAAUAGGAAACAACCAUCCUCAACAUGUCAUCUUUAUUUUAAUAUCCAUUACAAAUCAUUAUACAGUAACUUUCAGGCAUUGUAGGCUAUAUGGUAGCUGAUCCAGUGCGUGGACAAUGUCCCGAAAGCGUGCUAUUUCGCUGCUUUCUUGGCCUGUAAAAGAGAAUCGUCUAUUUAUAUGACAUGAUCAAUAUCACAUUAUUAACAACUGUGUAUUUGGCUUGGAAUCGUACUCACUGCGUUCAGGAAGCAUGCCUUGAGCGCCUGAAAUUCCUUCACACAGAGAUCCUUCUGCAGCUCCUGUUUACCUAUGGUUGUAGCUGUGACACAUUUCCCAUAAGCCGAUGCCUGAAAGACACGGGAAGGUGAGUCAUUGAUCAUUCUUUGCAGGACUUUGGCCAACUUUAUACUUCAAGUCAUACCAAGAAAGCUAUGACUUUGAAACAAAUGCAAUGCAUUAAGGACAAUGUAGCUCUUUGACAAAGGUCAGCAAGUGUGCGUCCUACAUCCCUCGGUUCUUACCUCUCCCGGACAUUGAGCCAAUAUCUCGGGGAAACGUCUUAACUUUUCACGGCUUCGGGUCCACACAUUUGUCCCAGACAUCUUGGUGGUUCACUGACUCUUGGAAGCAGCAAUUGGUGGUACUUGUGGACAAUCACCGACUGCAUCAACAACGUCUAGUUGAGUAUAAUAUACAGUAAAACAUGUUCGAUUCGGAAUAAUGUAUUUUAUGUCCUAAAAUAGUUCUUA